AACUUAUCAUUAUUCAAUACGUUCAAUAAUGUCCGAUAAUAUCAAAAUGCAAGAUACCGAGUAUACAAAUGAAUGGGUCAGUUGGAUUGAGGAAGCUGUUGAUAAAGAAUAUUUUAAAUAUUAUGAAUACAACCAAUUUAAUAAUAUUCAACACAUUGGUACCGGAGGUUUCGGGAAAGUAUAUCGUGCAAAUUGGAAAAGAUCAGAAAAACAAUUUGCGUUAAAAUCUUUUUUUAGUCUUGAUAACGUCACCGUGAAAGAAAUUGUUCGUGAGUUAAAAAUUCAACGAGAAGUUGAUUUUCAUGAUAACAUUAUUCGUUGCUAUGGGAUAACAAAACUCGAGACAGAUAAUCAUAAUAAUUAUUGGUUAGUAAUGGAGUACGCUGACGGUGGUAAUCUUCGGUGUUAUUUGAAGGAAAACUUUACUAAACUUUCUUGGGACGACAAAUAUAAAAUGGCACACCAGUUAUCUUGCGCUGUAUCAUGCUUACAUAACGAAGGAAUAGUGCAUCGUGAUUUGCACUCCUGUAAUAUACUUGUACGUAAUAACACAAUUAAAUUAGCGGAUUUUGGAUUAUCCAAAAGGAUUGGAGCAUCAUCAAAUUUUCAAUCUAAAUUAUUUGGGAUAGUUCCUUACGUCGACCCAAAAAGUUUUAGUAGACGAAGAAAUAAUAACCAAUCAACACAAAUGUAUUCAUUAAAUGAAAAAAGCGAUAUUUAUAGUGAACAAUAUGACAUUGGUUUAGCUUUGGAUAUUUCGCAAGGUCAUAGAGAAACUGUUGUUCCUGAUACACCUGAUGAAUAUGUUAAAAUUUAUACCAAAUGUUGGUAUGGGGAACCAGAUAAUCGUCCAACUAUAUAUCAAGUAGUUGAUUGGUUAAAUUCAAUAAUUACAAAAAAAGAUGUAAUAUUAGAAUAUCAUCAAAUAUCAAAUGAAUUAGAACUUAAUGAGAAUUCUUCAAGCAGUAAUAAUUCAGAAUUGCAAGGAGAUUUAUCUCAACUUAUUCAAAAUUUUAAUAAAAUGAAUACAAAAGAAAUUGAUUCUAUGGCAAUAUCAAGUAAACAAGAAAAUCAUUCAACUGAAAAAGAUUUUAACAUGAUAGCUAAUGAAAUAAAUGACUUUAUUACUGAAUUAAAUAUUAAAGGAAUUGAAAAGGAAUCAAGAAAACGAGUUAUUGAAUAUUUUUAUAAUCAUAAUAUAAAUUCACAAGAAUUUUAUAAUUGGUUAUUAAAUAAUCAAAAUAGUUCUAAUUCUAUUUUUAUUCUUGGAUAUUUUAAUCAUUAUGGAAUUGUAACAAAUAGAAAUGAUGAGAAAGCAUUUAAUUUGUAUAUUAAUACAUCAGAGAAAAAUCAUAUAUUGACACAACAAUAUAUUGGUCAUUGUUAUAGACUUGGACAUGGAACUAUGAAAAAUGAUAAAUUAGCUUUUGAAUAUCAUGAAAAAGUGGCUAAUGAAAAUUUAUCAUAUGGUCAAUUAAGUCUUGGUUAUUGUUAUGAAAAUGGAAUAGGUGUUGAAAAAGAUUUUAAAAAGGCUUUUUAUUUGUAUGGAAAAGCUGCAAAUGAUGGAAAUGUAAUAGCAAUAUUUAAUCUUGGUUAUUUUUAUAAAAAUGGAAUUGGUAUUGAAAAAGAUUAUAAUAAAACUUUUGAAUUAUAUCAAAAUGCUGCAAAUUUAGGAUAUAAUGAUGCACAAUAUAAUCUUGCUUUAAUGUAUGAAAAAGGAAAUGGAAUUACAAAAGAUAUAGGUAAAGCAAUUUAUUGGUAUGAAAAAUCUGCCAAACAAGGAGAUCAAGAUGCACAAAAUAAAUUAAAGGAACUUCAAAAAAAUCAAUAA